ACAAGGUGAAGCGCCCUCCUGGAGAGCCGCCUGUCUUCAAGGCGCGCUACGUUGCUAGACGCUUCAGUCAGCGCGAGGGUGUUGACUUCUUCCAGACCUUCGUCUCGACCCCGAAGAUGACUACUCUUUGAGCGGUGCUACACGUAGCAGCACAGCGUAACUACAAGUUACACUCUCUCUCGACUUUUCGAUAUCGUUUCUCCAAGGCAGUCUGCACGAGCAGGUCUACCUGCGUCGCUCGCCUAGGUUUACCGGCACCUUUGCUCGGGGGACCCAGUGGCUCCUCUGGCGCCCGGUUUAUGGCCGCGCGAGUGCCAGGACAUGCUUCGUGCUACGUUAGCUGACCUAUUGUUCUUCCCGUCCUCUUCAGACCCCUCGCUCUUCGUUCGUUCUGGCCAGACCCCAUUCUAUAUCCUUGUCUACAUAAACGAUCUCGUCUUUGCAACUGCAGACAGAGAUGCACUGGCCUCCGCGAAGGCUGAGCUGCUAAGGCGACACACCUGCACUGACUUAGGAGAGAUGCGCUGCUACCUUGGCCUGCAGAUCUCCAGGGACAGAGCAGCGCGCACCAUCAAUCUCACACAGCCACACUUGGUGCGCCAUCUCGUGGAGGUCCACUUGCUCGUCGUCUAUUGCGCAGUCUAGCUGGGAAGCUGAGAUUUACGCUGGUGCCAUGGCGACACAGGAGCUUCGCUAGCUGACUUUCUUGCUCACAGACUUAGGUGAGCAGCCUAGCUCUGCAAAGGUCCUAUGCGCUGACAACAGGGCCAUGAUCCUCCUGUGUCAGGAGCCUCGACUAGAGGGCAGAGCGAAGCACAUCUAGUUGCGGUACUUC